AUGGCUCCGAACUCGUCAGAUGCGAAUGGAGUGCUAUUUGAAAGUGAUGCAGCCACUCCAGAUAUGGCGAUUCCAAAUACUCCAGUAAUGAAGGCUGAUAACUAUCCAAAAAAAUUUGUUUGGAGAAACAUUAUAGCAUUUGCAUAUCUACAUAUUGCAGCAAUUUAUGGUGGUUACUUGUUUUUGUUUUCGGCUAAAUGGCAAACAGAUGUAUUUGCCUAUAUAUUGUAUGUUAUGUCUGGACUGGGAAUCACGGCUGGUGCCCAUAGACUAUGGGCUCAUAAGUCAUACAAAGCAAAGUGGCCACUGCGUCUCAUCCUUGUUAUCUUCAACACUUUGGCUUUUCAGGACUCCGCAAUAGAUUGGGCAAGGGACCAUCGCAUGCAUCACAAAUAUUCAGAGACAGAUGCUGAUCCUCAUAAUGCAACCCGUGGCUUCUUCUUCUCCCACAUUGGUUGGCUUUUAGUUCGUAAACAUCCUGAACUCAAGAAGAAAGGGAAAGGGUUAGAUCUUAGUGACCUCUACGCUGACCCCAUCCUUCGUUUCCAAAAGAAGUACUACAUGAUUUUGAUGCCAAUCGCCUGCUUCGUCCUUCCGACUGUGAUUCCAGUCUACGGCUGGGGUGAGACUUGGUUGAACGCCUAUUUUGUAGCCGCGAUGUUCCGUUACGCCUUCAUUCUCAAUGUCACGUGGUUGGUCAACUCCGCUGCCCACAAAUGGGGUGACAAGCCAUACGACAAGAGCAUUCAGCCCUCAGAGAAUAUAUCGGUCGCCAUUUUUGCACUCGGGGAAGGAUUCCACAACUACCACCACACGUUCCCGUGGGAUUACAAAACUGCUGAACUAGGAAACAACAAAAUCAAUUUUACAACCACUUUUAUUAACUUUUUCGCGAGAUUCGGUUGGGCGUAUGAUCUGAAAACUGUGUCCGAUGAAAUAGUCCAAAGUCGGGUGAAACGUACCGGUGACGGUACGCACCCAUUAUGGGGAUGGGGUGAUAAAGAUCACUCCAAAGAAGAAAUGGACGCGGCUAUCAGAAUCAACCCUAAAGAUGAAUAA